AUAAGCGGCCCACUAAGAAUUGGGGGUAGGGUUUAUACUCCUCCAAGCCUAAACCCUGAUUCCCUCUCAUUCCCCUUUCCGAUUCGAAACAAUUCGUUGCGAGAAAAAAAAAAUGUUUACAGGUGGAAAGAGCUUCGUCUCUUCACCGCCGGCGUUCUCAAACGACGCCAAGCGCCUCCUUGUAUGCACCGGCAACACCGUCUCCAUUUUCAGCACCUCCACUGGUCUACAGACGGGUGAAUUGGAAGGUCAUGGGGCGAAGGUGACGUCGGUGAUAGUUGUUCCGGCUUCUACUCCGGCGAGUAAAGUGUUGUGUUAUUGCUGGACGUCGUCCCUCGAUGGGAAUAUCAAGUACUGGGAUUUUGCUGCUCCCGAAUUGAUGAAGACUAUUGAUAUUCGAUUCCCUAUCCACUCAAUGGUUAUUCCAAGUUUAUUAAGCCAGACAACUGAAAGCAGCGGGAAAAUUCAUGAUGUUUUUGCUUAUGUCUCUACCGAGGAUGUAAAAUUAAAGGCAGACAAAACUAUUUCCGUACGUGGACAGAUUCAGAAAUGUAAUCUGACGAAGUCCCGCUUAGUUGGUGGGCUUGAACUGGCCAAGAUUGAGCGACCGGGUUCCAUAAUCAUUAGUCCCUCUGGGAAUCAGAUCGGAGUGUAUGAAAAAUGCAAGCUUCUAAUAUGGGAAAUUCCAGCCAAAGAUCUUGACCAACAUUGUUUCAAGAAAAUUAGAUUGCAUCACACUAAAUCAUUUACAGCUAUGGCUUUUCAUCCAACUGAAAGGAUUUUAGCAGCGGGCGAUGUUACAGGAAGGAUCCUAGUAUGGAGAGGUGUUGGACGAAAAACAUUUUCGAAUGGUAAAUUAAUUAAUGGAGGGUUGAAUGAGGAUGAAGAUGAUAGUCCUGGAGUGAGAAGUGGCGAUGAUGCCGAUUCUUGUACCACAUGGCAUUGGCAUUCUUCACAAGUGAAUGUUCUCUUCUUCUCUUCAGAUGGUGCUUAUUUGUACUCAGGUGGCAGAGAGGGAGUUUUGGUUGUUUGGCAGUUGGACACUGGAAAGAAAAAAUUUCUCCCACGAAUUGGAUCCCCGCUUCUGUAUUACAUCAAUUCCCCGGACCCUACGCUAUCAUCUAUUUCAUGUACAGAUAAUCGAAUUCAACUGCUCAGAAUGCCUUCAAUGGAAAUCGUGAGAUCUAUUUCAGGGAUUAAGCUUCCAAGUUCACGGGCGGAAAUGUACGAUGCUUAUGGCUCGGGUGUUGUCUUCAAUCACACUGCUGGGUUGAUUGCAGUACCCACUGAGAAUUACCGUGUUCAGUUUUAUAGUUUGUUUGAUGACCGUGAGGUAUCAGAGGUUCAAAUAUGUGAGAGAAACCAUCAUCCGAGUGAUGAUAUAACGGUGAAGGUGAAUCUGGUAGCUCUUUCCCAAGAUGGCUCUACAAUGAGCACUGUUGAAACCAGACUUCCUGAAGAAGGAAUCGGUGGCCUUGUGAGUCUUAAGUUCUGGGCAUGUGACUCUCAGAGCAAACAGUUCAGCUUGUCUACCAUCAUAUAUGAACCUCACAGGGAGGCUGCGAUAUCAUCUAUAGCUUUCCGUCCAGCUAGUCACAUGGUUGUCAGUUCUUCACACGGUGGUGAUUUUAAGGUAUGGGUUCGUAGACAAGAGAUACACCCAAAGGAUCAGAAUACUGGAUGGACUUGCCAUGCUGUUGGAUCGUACAAGAAGAAGCCUCUGACUGCUCCUAUUACAACACUUUCAUUUGUUGGGAAGUCGUCAUAUCUCGUCUCUGCUUCACGAGGUGCAGACCCACUGUUGACAAUGUGGAGUAUGUCGAAGCUGUGUACAAUUUGGUCGUACAGGCUGCAUGCAGAGGCUAUUGCCUCUUCGAUGCUCAAUUCCACAUUUGCUGUUCUUGCUCCAUCCAAGUUAUUGAAAAGUACGGGGUCUACUGCAGGCACAUCACAGGGUGCAGAAGGGGCAAUCUUGCUAUUCAAUGCAGAAAACCCGGUGCCCUUCGCUACGUGGUCUGUGAGCAAGGCUCAGGGUGGAAGACUUUCUUUUAUCCAGUCAAGUCCUUUCUCAGACAAUGAUGUGGCUGACACAACAACAGCUGGUGAAUUACUCGCUUAUGUCAGUGGUUGCCAUGAAUACGUUGUGUUGAGCCCACAUGGCGAUCAAGAUAGUAAACUCAGCAUUUCUCGUCGACGAAAUUCCAGUAGCCUUGAUGAAACAGAGAGAUUCGGCUAUGCAUCUAUCUACGGUGAAUUACCAGAAUUCACAAUGGAAAUCGAUCAGACUCCAUUUGAAUCAAUGCCGCAAUCAGAGAAAACCUGGAAGACAAUAUUCAGCGGUCCAUCUCACAGUCUUCCUCCCCUGCCCAAGUUGUGUUCGGACUUUCUUGAAUCAUUGCUGGAGAGAAGAUCUACAGUCGUGGAAUGAGCUGUUCAAAGUUUGACCCUGUUUGACUUUUCCGGUGGUAAUAUAAUAUACACCAAAUGGAAGGGGAAUUAGCUUACAAGUGACUGAGAUUCUGAUAUAUAUAGCUCCACCAAAUGAAAUUUUGCUCAUCAUAUAUUAAGUGUAUUUUUAUUUAAAUUUUUUUUUAGAAAACAUGCCUAUCGACCUUUUACGAUGCUGUAGAGUGAUUGUUUUGUUGUAUAACGAGGAUCCAAGUAGAUGAUGAUUGAUGAUCAAAGAUUUAGUGAAUGGUUUCCAUAA